GACUGCUUCUCCAGGCCUGUCCCUUGGCCUCUGUAGUCCUAUAGAGCCAGUGGUGGUGGCCUCUGGUGGAACAGGCCCACUGAGCCAGAAAGCUGAGCAGGUGGCACCUGCUGCCCAGGCCUGGGGCCCAGCCCUGGCAAUGCCACAAGCCAGGGGCUGCCCUGGGGGGACUAGCUGGGAGACACUACGGAAGGAAUACAGCCGAAACUGCCACAAAUUCCCGCAUGUGAGGCAGCCGGAGAGCUUGGGCUGGGACAGUGGCUACUCCAGAAGCAGAGCCCCCGACCUAGGUGGCCCCAGCAGGCCUAGGCCCCUGAUGCUGUGUGGGCUAUCACCAAGGGUUCUACCGGUACUCUCUGAGGCAGUGGGGAAGGAGGCCAGCUCCCAGCCUGACAUCUGCAUCCUCACCCUCGCUAUGAUGAUCGCUGGCAUCCCCACCGUGCCCGUCCCAGGCGUUCGGGAAGAGGACCUGAUCUGGGCUGCUCAAGCUUUCAUGAUGGCCCAUCCGGAGCCAGAGGGUGCUGUGGAGGGGGCGCGGUGGGAGCAGGCGCAUGCCCACACAGCCUCUGGGAAGAUGCCGCUAGUGAGAUCUAAGAGGGGCCAGCCUUCUGGCUCCUGCUUGUAGAUGGAUGAAAUAGCACCAGAUACGUA